AUUAUAAAUGCAGCGCAUAAAUAUUGUUUCUGUUUUUACACUGGCAACAAAAGUAGUUCUACCUCAGAUGAACAAUCUCCUUUCAUAUUGAUAGGACGUCUUUCGAACGCAAAAUGGAGGUUUCAAGGCAGUAAAUUUAGUUUAGCACUUUUAAUGGACCUAGGGGCGUCCAGAGUUUCAAAACUCUCCCAGGUUCGUUCUCAGGUAAGUUUUAAAAUAUAUACAAUACGUUGAUUUUGCUUGUAAUUUGCUUAAAAUCCCCAAAUGGAAUUUGGCUACUUCCAGUCGAGGUUGUCAGUGUCGGUGACCCUGCCCUGCCCACUUCUCUUGCUUUCUCUCCCCCCUCUCCUUCCCCAAAUCCGCUGCUAUUCAUUUGACCCGAUCGGUUUAAAAUGAUGUAACUUAAGCCUCGCCUUCUUUUUCUAUAUUUAAAAAAAUAACAACACUGUUGAUACAAAAAUGUAUCGAUAAAAACUUAUUUCUAACUCAAACGAAGAAGUGCAACCUCAUCAAAGUAAAAAAAUAUCACAAGUGAAGCAGAUAGUGAAUACAAAUAUGUCGUCUGCCCUAGCCCUGAAAUUUAAAAUAAUAUAUUAUUUAUAGUAGUGUAGGCCUCUGUCCUGUCACAGUAGUGGUUGGUCUUAAGUUUGGUAGGCUAUAUUUUAUAUUUUAUUAAUAAAGCUAUGGUUAUAGUAUACAAUAUAGGCAUAUAUCAUAUGCGUAUGAUUAUGAUCUUUGUCUUUAUUUUUUGCAUGUAUGAUGUGGAAAGCCUGUCUGUUACUUAGUACUAUCAUUAAUAUUACUAUGUAACCAAUACUACUUUACAAAGCUUCAAGAGUUAGGUUUAACAAUAGUAAGUAAAAAAUAGGGAUCAUCCAUGCACAUCUUGAUUUACUAUUAUUAUUUGAAGCUUAGUACUUAGUGUAGUGUGACAGUGACUCUGUUAAUUAAUAAGAAUAAGGGGUCAAUCACAAGAACCAUACAAUGUAUCACAACCAGAUUUGACAUGAUGUUUUCUCGAAAUAAUGAUUACAUAAAAAGUCAUUUUGUACAAGUUAUUUGAAGGUUUUAAAAAAAAAUUAUAGAAUUUUCCCGCAAGUUCUAUAUUGUUCCACAUAGUCACAUAGGUAUAAUAAAGCUUCUGAAUAUGUCGAUCUAAAAGGUUAUGGAAAUUUUAGUUUAGUUUGAUAGAUUUCUAUACUUUCCUUGGAAUUUCUUGAGUAUCUGUUUAUAUACAUUUUUAAGUUUCUUGAAGCUUCUAAUUUUAGAACUUUCUAAAAAAAAUUAUAAGGGUUUUAAGAUCAUAUAAAUGUCCUUUUUAUGUUUCUAUAAGUGUAUAUGAUUGUCUUCAAAUGUUAUGCAAUCAUAUUUAUAAAGAUAUUUUUGAUGUUUAUAGAAAGUUUCAAAUGAGUGUAGGAGGUUGUAAAAUGUAUUUUCCUUAUAAUAUAAUAACCACACCUUACUUGAAAGCUCGGGUUACAAUAAAAAUUUAUUAGUUUGUUGCAUCUAAGCCAAAAUUGGUAGAGAUACUUUUCAUAACCCCAUUUAAAAUAUCGGUGGAUUUCAAACUAUAAAUAUAUUCACAUCUUUUUUUGCAGGGGGUGGGGGGUGUGCCCAAAUUUUAAAUAAAAUAAUUUACCUUAAGCUUUUUUUCAAACAAUUUUAAUGGGACAAUUUUUAACAUAAAGUUUGUUCUUUAUUCAAACUAAGACACUUACUUCUGUGAAAUAUGAAAUAUUGCAUUCUUUUUGGGCAGGAGACAAAAAGGCCGGAGACUCCAAUAGUAACAUUUUAAAAGGCACCAUCUGUGCAAAUUCCUUCCCAUUUUAAUGGGAUGCAUUUGAAAAGUUAACUUGAAAAUUUAUUUUAUCAGAAGAUUUAUGUAGUACCUAUAUCUUAGGGUUAACUAAAUUAGACCCUUUUUGAAUGAUGAUCCUAUUGGAUCUCCCUGUCAAAAGUUGAACAACUAAAUGAACAAGUCUUAUUUAAUUGAACUUUUUCUGGUAAUUUUACAGGUAUCUUGGUGCAUCAGUGGGGUGUUGAGGGAUGGAUCGUCUCGUGAGUGGUUUGGGUGCUAGGCAGGUUAUGCAGACACUUAGUUCUAACCUUGACAAAGAACGCAGGCUAUGGAAACCAAUCUUCAUCAAAUCUGACUCUGAUCAGGUAAAACUUUUCCCUUUUAUUUGAGUUUGGGAUUUUAAAAUAUAAAAAUGAUAAACAACUUCAUUGAAUCAUUAGAUUUUAUUAGAAUAUCAAUAAAUGCGUUGUUUAAAUAUUUUGAAUUUGAAACUGUAUCUUAGUGUUUGAUGCUUGGAUGUUGAAGUUGAUUUCUUAGACUUAAAUUACUCGACCUUCACCCUCAAUCCAGGGUCAAUUAAUGUGAAAAUAUGGUGGGGAUUUCUUUUAUUAUUGAGUUUUUUAAAUUAAAUUCUAAAACUAGAUGAACGUUUGAGCUUAAGUGGUUCAUCUAAAUACUGAUGGGGAUUUCAAGUGAAGGCAGGUAUUUGUGUAACAAGGGGCUUCAAAAAUAGGUUUCAGUAACUUUUUAAAAGUUGGAUAGAGCAUGAGCGAGAUUUUAGAGAGUGUUGAAAUUAGUGGAGUCUGAACUGUAUUAUUGUUAUUAAAGUUAUAAUUUGACUUAACUGGUACAAGAUAGCGGCUGAAGUGGCAUAUUCAAUUUAUGGGCAACAGUAUAUAGGCAUUUUUAUAAUAUCCACGACAAAAGAGAUAAACAUUAUUUAAUUUGUAUAUCAUUUUUUAAAAGCAAUAACCCCAACAGAGACUUGUUUUUAAUCAGAAAAUAUUUCUCUGAUUAUUUGUCAAUGCCUUAUCUUGCAUUCUUUUUUAAUAAUUAUUUUAGGGUAUCACUGAUCAGCAGCGUGAUGAAGCUUCUGCAUGGCUUGCAUAUCUUGCAGCAGAAUUCAAAUUUUUGCCAGAAACUUGUGGCCUUGCCAUUCUUUUGAUGGACCGUGUGCUACAUUUGGUCAAGGUAAUUAAAUAUCUCUUGUUGAUUUUCUAAGUGUUUUUUUUUUUGUUGUAGCUCCUCCCUUAUGGUAUAGUAAGAGGCUGUAAAAUUGACUGCCCUCAGCAUCAUAUCAUUAUCACCUUUUUAAGGCAGGUGUCCACUUUUUAGUUUAAAAUUCCAAGACCUACCUUGCUUCUACUUUUCCCAUGGUGGCAUUUAUUUUAAAUUGGGUUUGAACAUUUUUCACAUCUUUGUCCUGCUCAUAAGAGAUAAUGCUGCCUUAGUGUGUACAUUUUCUUAAGCUGUGUCUGGUAACUGAUAACUAUUUGCAAAUAAAUUUAAGCUCAUUUAGGUUCAAUAUUAAUUUUCUUUUUCCAGGUGAGAUCUAAGUAUCUGCAAUGCGUAGCUGUGACUUGCCUAUACAUAGCAGCCAAAACACUUGAAGAAGACGAAGUAGGUUUUUCACCUUACAUUUUAAAAAAUGAUUUAAAACUUCAUAUUGUUAACUUUUCUGGAUCAGUUAAAAAUUGUUAGAAGCGCUUUUAAUUUUCGUUUGGAUUUAAUUGUUUCAAUGUUGUUAACAGAAUAUUCCCCCAACUCCGGAUCUUGUGAGGAAAAGUCGAUGUGGAUGCUCUUUUGCAGAGAUUACAAGAAUGGAAGUAGUUAUCCUUAACAAGUUAAACUGGGAUAUUAAAUUGCCAUCUGCGGUUGACUUUCUUCACACGGUAAAUUUGUUUUCUUUUCAAGUCAAGCUCAUUGUUUUUAGAAUUAAUAAAACAAAAAUGAUCUCAUCUUUUCAACAAUAGACAUGAAUAUCAGAUUAAACUAUAGGAUAAAUUAUCAGAAAUUUGCUUUUGUUUGUUGUAUAAAUUAACAGAACCAUUAAUAUAUAUACUGUUACCUAAUAUAACCAAGACGCCAAUCAUUAAAAUGUCUAUAAACAAAAUACCAAAUAUUAGAAAUACAGGAGUAAUUUUAACCAUUUUUUUUCUCUUCAGAUCCAUGUAGUGCUUAUCAUGCACUACCCCCACUUGUUGUCCAGCCAGAGCAACAUGAGCCCCUCAGAGCAUCUCUCUGUUGUUAUGCGCAAAAUGAUUAGGUGUUUAACCUGUCAUUCCCUGCAGCGCUAUCGUCCGUCAACCCUUGCAUUGGCUCUCAUCAGCUUAGAAUUGGAGCAGAUUACUCCUGGGUGGCUUCGCCUUGUUCUUGCUCUCCAAAGAAUGACCAAUGUGAGUGGAUAUGAUUAUAGCAUUAUGAGAAAUUGAAUAAACACAAUCCUUUUAUAAUUAUGUCCUUAUUUUGGUUUGUUAAGUUAAUUGGCUUUGCCUUAAUAGCAGUACUGUAUAUAUGUCUUAAUUUUUUUAGGUUGGGAGUGAGCAACUGAUGCAAUGUAGGGAAGCCAUUGCAGAUUUUUUGGGACACCAACUUCAUACUGGUUAUUCCAAAAUUUCUCGCAAGCUGUCUUCCUCUGCACCGCAGUCUAAAAAGCGUAAAGUGGAGCACAUUUUCCCAGUCUGUGGUGAUGAUGAGAACAUCUAUGAUGGAAUCAAGCGUUUGUACAAUGAAGAGAUAUUUUCACUAAACAGCGGCCCUGGUCAUAACCAUGGAGUUGACCAUGCAGCUCUGAGGACCUCUUGUGGCUUGGAGAUGCACCAAGAUUUUGAUGACCCUGCCAACCACUUGGGAAAAACCUUGCUGGUGAACUAACUCAUGUCCACUUAUGUGAUUGCUUUAGAAUUAAAGAACCAAGUUUAUUCCUGUUAGACACUAACUGCAAUAACUGGAUUGCUAAAUCAAUCUGUAAAAUUUUUAUAGUAUUAAAUGGGAGAGAGGCUAAGCAAAGUUUCUUUACUUCUGGUAUAAAUAGAUAAUUUAUUUUGCAUUUAAGACAUACAAGAAUUGAAUCUCUAACAGGAAUAAGCACAAAAAUAAGUGGACAUGUAGAAAAAGUUCUUAUUUUAUUUUAGACAUUUAUUAGAGCAUCUUUCGAAAGGCUGGAACAGAAAGUCUAGAUAUAAUAGCUAGCAAAUCAAAGAUUAUUACAUGAUUAAAAAACACAAAAUUAAGAAUUGUUAGCAGGUCUAGUUUAGAAGUAUCCAACCUUGCAAAUAAGAUCAUUUUACAUUGGGACUUCCGAAGUUAAAACUUUAGGGUGAGGUAAUUAAGAUCUAAUCAUUUCUGUAUUUGUUUGUAACUUGUUUGAAAUGUAUUUGUUCAAUUGGUCAUAAUUCCCUCAUGUGGAUGUUCAUAUUCUUUUCGAUCUUCUGAAAAAAAAAAAAAAAAAAUUAUUCAGCCUCAAAAAUAACCCCAAAAAAAAAAAAAAAAAAAAAAAAAAAAAAAAAAAAAAAAAAAAAAAUUUCUUUAUUUGGUUGUAACUUUUUUGUAAUGUAUUUUUUCAAUUGGUCAUAAUUCCCUCAUUUGGAUGUUCAUAUUCUUUUCGAACUUCUAAAAAAAAAAAAAAAAAAUUAUUCAGCCUCAAAAAUAACCCCAAAAAAAAAUCAAAAAUAAAAUGCAUAACAAAAAAAACAAAAAAAGCAUUUAUAUCGUAUGAUAUUCUUUUAUGUUUGUGCCUUUACAAUGUCUUUUCAAGACCAAUUAAAGGAUGUGAAGUGUGAGUAAGUGAAGUUAAUUCUGUCACCAUGUUAGGGAAUAAGUCAAAGAUGUUGCAAAGUUCAAAUAAUAGCCUCAGAACUAUUUAUGCACCAUGAGAAGUUAAUUUUAUUUUUAAAAAUACUACCAGAUAAAUAAAUUAAAAGAUUUAAAUCUGAUAUCAAUGAAUGAAUUGUUUGUAAUUUCAUGGUUGCUUGACAUCUUUUUGUGUCAAUAGAAAAGUGUGCCCCACAAUAAAAGGAGUUGGUAUAUCACGGCAGCAGUUAACACUGGGGUACAUUUUAAGUCUUUAUUUCAAGGGUGUUGUGUAUGAUAAAUCAUACUUUACGACGUAUGUUGAUUCAGGUGAUUUAUUAUGACUGACGGCAACUUUGUGACUAAUUGGAAAGACUGUGAUUAUUUGUGUACGUAUAUUUUAAAUGAAUUCUGUAAUAGAAUGGGCAAUCCAUUAUACGUUUGUAAAGUUAAAAUAUUGUUUAUUUAUCUGAAAUUUGAGGGAUAUAGCUAGGUGUAAUGAUCCAUUAAACUUAAAGGCACCUUAGGUUUAUAUCAACUUGAUAUCAUGUGUAGAUAGUACUCUCUGUCUCCAUUGAAGAAGGUUGUCCAGUUGAGUGACAGCCUGUAAGAAUGUUUUUUUUUUCUUCUUCUAAAAUGAGCAUAUUGUUCUUUUAUGUAUUAGAAAUAAACUUGGUGUCCUUGGUUUAAGUUUGUGUACAUAUUUUUGUCCAAAAAAAGACGCCAAUGUUUAGUUUUUGAAAGCAGUUGCACGAAUUUGUUGGUUAAGAUUGGUGAACCAGGGGUUGGUCACAUUUCAAACUUGGGGAAAACAGGGACUUCAGUUAUUUCUGUGACAUUACUAACCUGAAACCAAUAAACAGAGUUUCUUUUCCCUUUCAUGACACAUGUUUAUAAUCCCCAACCUACUAUGCUAUGUAAGAUAAGAACAUUGUGAAUCUCAUUGAUCAUCCAACUUGGCAGUGACGGUCAACUGCCUUGUUCCAUCUGUACAGAGCUAUCUAUUAAUAUUAAAAAUUUGCCAGAGGCCUUGGUGUUGACACCUUUUAUCAGGCUUAAUUUCAUCACUUCAUUCUUACAAAUGUAUAUACUGUAAGCACCUUGUAAAGCUCAGGGUUUCUCAAUCACAUGACAGCUUUUUUUUUGGGGGGGGGGGAUCUAAAUAUGCAUUUUAGCAAAUAUUAAAUAGUAACUUUGUUGGCAUUGAGGAAUUUAAUUUUGAGAAGCCCUGAAUUUGGUUAAUUUCUAUUUUGGGGGUUCAAGCUUUGUACAUUCCAGUGUGCAAAUUUUAUCUACAGUGAACAUGAAUUGCCCCAAUGAGUUUACAGCAGGUGUUGAUGGCAUAUUUUUCAAACUCAGGAUUGGUAGAAUGGCAAUGCAAUUCUCAUGUCUGAAUUUCUCAUUUCUCUGAUGAUCAUACUUGGUCGGCUUCUUACAAUUCUUCCAAGUAAAUAUUGUAAUCGUCUAAGCCCUUACCACCAUAUAGCAAUAGAUUAUAAUGCAUUUUCCCCCUCGGUUUGUGUAGGACUUGAGAAUGGAUCAAUGUGAAAACUUGAUGGCACAGACACCAAGUAUUAUUUCCUCUUGCAAUAAAUAAGAAGACCUCCCAGAAAAAAAAAAUGUUGACUUCUGGCUCCAUGAAAUCCAAAAUGUCUUCUUUUUUAUUGCAUUCAUGUUUGUUCAAGAAAUUUUUAAAAAUAUGGCUUCAGUUUGUCUCUGUGAGCAAGAGCCAAUUUUUAAAAGAUGUACUACCUGUACUAUUCUCCUCAAGAUGAUCAAGAGCAGAUAAUGAAGUCAUAUUUUUAGACAUUGUAACUGUAACAUUUACUCAUUAAUCAUUAUGUACAUCAUUUUAUCACUAGAAAUUUAGAAUUAAUCAUGUAUCCUGAGGCUGUGUUUCUUUUGCCAGUAUUUAUUUUAUUUUUUUUUUGCUGACAGAAUUCGAUAGGAAAGUGGUGUAUCUUUAAAAUGUCUAGUUUGUGGCGUAUGAUGGCUUGGCAGGCUGCUCAUCAACAAGUUUGGGCUGGGGAUGGGGGGUGGAUUAGCAUGCAGAAAAACAUUUUUUGUUGUAUGAGCUUUUAAAAAAUAAAAAAAAUUCUCCACUAGACUGUUGUGCUAUUUUUACCUUUAAAGUUUAUUAGAAAGGUUUACUUUGUGAAAGUGGCAUUUCAAAUCUAAGGCAAAGAGAGUUGAAUUUUAAAUCUUUUCAGAACACAAAUAAGUUGUAUGUGCAUAUUUUUUUGUCUUCCUUCUUUUUAUUGUUAUUGAGAUAAAAAAAAAACAACAAUGCAUAAAGUUGUUUUGUUAUCAGUUUAUAAGUCUACCUUUUAAUAGGUUUUAACACUGACAGUUUGACAGGGCUUCAGUGAUCACAUCGCAACAUUUCUGUUUAAAAUGUUCUUAAAAAUCCACUUCAUGGAAGUGUCUUCAGUUUAAGUUUUGAUAUUUCAUUACAACUCGACUAUAAAGAAGUGUGAGCAGACACAUAUGUGAAUAAGAAUUAGCCACACUUUAAAAAAAAUGAUUACAUGGAAAUUAAUAUUUUUAAAAAAAGUUUCAUAUCCCAGCCAAAAAUUUAUGGAAGCCCAUUUGUUGGACUAAUUGAAAGAAAUUUAGCAAUAUUUUUGGCACACAUUCAAACUGCCUCAUAGUUGGAAUCCAAAACUUUAUUUUAAUUUAUGAAUACAACAGUAGAGUAUACUUACUCCCACAGCCAUGUUGACCAAAAUAUUGAAAAUGAUUCUGAAACUCCAAUUUCAAUUUUUGUUUGUUCAUCAUGACACCAAGAUUGAUGAGCCAUCAUAUCAUCUUCUAAACCACAUUUGUUGAAUGGAAUUAGAGUAAUAGUUUGACAUUUCGAACUCAAAGUGAAACAUCAUAACUGCAUUCCAGCACAUUGCAGAAAAGUAACUUGAGAAGAGUCAUGAUGAAAUUUAGGAUCUUAGUUAGCAGAAGGUAUCCUUGGAGCUAUUAAAUACCUUUGGCAUCUUCUCAAUACUGUUGGCAGAGAAAGUAUAACAAGCUCCAUCUGUUUUCUGUGGAUGGCUUACAGAUUUUUAUAAUUUUUAAGUUUAUAUCAUUUUUAUUUUGGCAACCUCUGCCUAAAACACAAUUUUUGUCUUGAGGCACGAAGUUGCAAAUGAGUUAUACCAAAUAUGAAAUGCUGGUGUCAUUAUUUUUAUUUCAUUUGCCACUAUGCCAGCUUGUGUAUAGUAUAGUAAUUGAUCUUUACUUAGAUUAAGAUCAGGCAGAGCUUUUUAUUAAUAUAAUUUUUUAGGGAAGCUGGAAGGAUUGACACAACAGGUUCAAUACACAAAAAUCUGCCAAUAAUGUAGGGGGCUUUAAAUAAUCAUAUUUUUGUUGUGUGGUCAAAGUAUAUAAUGGUAAAAUAAAUAUGGUUAAAAUUUGGUGCUUGACAGUAGUUUCCAUGUAGUAACAAGCUACUAAUAUAUAGAGUUAACUGAAUUAGUACAAAAAAUAUAGUGCUUGGGUAGCAACAUUCUUUCUUUCUGUUAAAGGUAUGUAUAAUAAUGAUGUCUUCAUCCCUCUUUCAACCAUGAAAUACAACACUCAGUAAUAAACAUUCAACAG